AUAACCUACGCGAGUGAAAACGCAUUCCUGUCGUUACAGUGUAUGAUUGAUUUCAGUGGUGACGUUUCUUCUUACUUUCGUCUCCCUUCUUUUUCUCCUCUCUUCAACUUCAUCAGAAUGCUUUCGCAACGACGCUUACGAGCCAUCGUGGUGACUGCGUUGGUGGUGGUGAUUAUGUACUUUUACUACUCGAGCGAAAGCCAACGCGUGCAAAACCAAGAUUUCUACCGGAAUACCGUGGCCGCCAUAAACGCUCACAAAGGGGAUGAUGGUGCCAAAGGGCCCGCGGUUCCUGGUGGCGUCCCGCAGCAUAAGGAAUACGGCGACGAGUAUGUAGUUGGCGAUAAGGAGGAGCCGGCAAUCCCCAAGGCGCCGCGGCCGGUGGUACCUGUUCCAGCCCCGGUCCCUGGUGAGCAGGAUACGGAGGAUAUCCCCAUCGCUGGGAGGAAAGUGAUGACUGUUCCUAAGGAGAAGGAUCGAGUUGGGGCUGCUGACACUGAGAGCGCUGCUAAGGAGGAACCGGAGGUUGAUGAGCAGAAGGAGGAGGCCAAGGCUGAGCUGAACGAUAUAUUGAAGCGAUCCCCGAUUAUCGUGUUUUCCAAGUCCUAUUGCCCCUAUAGUAAGAAAGCCAAGUCUAUCCUCGUCGGGAAGUACUCGAUCGUGCCCGCGCCGUUUGUGGUCGAACUCGAUCAGCAUCCGCUGGGGCCUAAGCUUCAAGCGCUUCUGGCGGAGAAUACCGGCCGUCGCACCGUUCCGAAUAUCCUCGUGAAUGGGAAAAGCAUCGGUGGAGGAGAUGAUAUUGCGGCGAUGGACGCUCAAGAUCAGCUCGCGUCGAAGUUGAAGAGUCUCGGUGGCAAGUGGCUUCAGGACGUCAGUCGGAAAGAGGACGAGCCAGAGGGCUCAGAAUAGUUGUCUUCUCUCGCGCUUGUUCCGGGGGCAUGUAAUGUUUUGAUCAUCAUCAUCUAAUAUGGUUGUUUCGGCGUGGAUUUGGAGGACUAUGGAGUUCAGCAGGCUGGGCGCAGUUUCUUCAAUAGUAUGUAUAUAUUGAGUAUUAUUCCGGAUGAUAAUUAUGGGUGAUAAUGUAUAGUUCGUCUUUUAGUCCACUAUCUUGUUACUAUAGUUAGUUAGUUAACUAACUAACAUCAUUUGGCUUUGUCAGCAGGAUUCCCAAAUAGGAAAUCUUGUCGUUGUUGCAGCGCAAAACAGCACCUGGAGAUCUUGGAUCCAAGCCUACUGGAAGAAUGAUAAUAGGACCGACAGAAUAAAAAUUGCGAAUGUCAAUGAUCUCGAUAUACA